UAGAAUGGAGACUUGGAAGACAUUUUGGAGGGUCAUCUUCCUUGCAGCUAGUUUUGGCUUCAUCAAGUCACAGAGAAUUGUCUGCAGCCAGGCCUCUGUGGGAGAUGUUGUGUUUCUAAUGGACACAAAUAUCAACCCCCGAUACACCCGCAAUGUGCGGAACUUCUUGUACACCAUGGUGAACAGCUUCAAUGUGAGCAGAGAGAACAUCCGUGUGGGGCUGGCCCAGUACAGCGACGUGGCCCAUUCGGAGUUCCUACUUUCCACGUACCACCACAAAAGUGAUGUGUUGAGGCACAUCCGGAGGUUUCCAUUGAAACCUGGGGGUACUGGAGGCAGCAAGAUGGGCCUGGCCCUGCAGUUCCUUCUAGAUCACCACUUCCAAGAAGCAGCAGGGAGCCGGGCUAGCCGGGGAGUGCCUCAGGUCACCGUGGUCAUCAGCAGCAGCCCAGCCCAGGACCCUGUACAGGUACCUGCUGAGGCAUUUAGGAGGGCUGGCAUCCUGCUCUAUGCCAUUGGUGUCGGAGAUGCAGCUUCAGCAGAGCUCAGGGAGAUUGCCAGCCGUCCUGUGGAGAAGUUUGCCUUUUUAGUUCCCAGCUUCUCUCAUCUGGGCAGCCUCACCCAGAAGCUGCAGAAGGAGCUCUGCAAUACUUUGGCAAAUGCAGCUCAACCUGUUGACCACGUCUCUCCAGCUUGCAGAGAAGCAGUCCUGGCGGAUAUUGUCUUUCUAGUAGACAGCUCAACCAGCAUCGGACCCCAGAACUUCCAGAAAGUGAAGAACUUCCUUCGCUCUGUCGUCUUGGGGCUUGACAUCAGUGGUGACCAGGUCCGAGUGGGCCUCGCUCAGUAUAAUGACAACACCUUCCCAGCCUUUCAGCUGAACCAGUACCUUCUGAAGAGUGUGGUCCUGGAGCAUAUCCAGAAUCUGCCCUACCGUACAGGAGGCACCAACACAGGGGCUGCCCUGGAGUUUAUCAGGACCAACUACUUGACUGAGUCGGCUGGCAGCCGGGCCAAGGACAGGGUUCCUCAGAUAGUUAUUCUGGUGACAGAUGGGGAGUCAAAUGAUGAAGCCCAGGAGGCAGCUGACAGGUUGAAGGAAGAUGGUGUUGUUGUGUAUGUGGUAGGCAUCAAUGUCCAGGAUGUCCAGGAGUUGCAAAAAAUAGCCAGCAAACCAUUUGAGAAGUUUCUCUUUAACACUGAAAACUUCAACAUCCUGCAGGAUGUCUCAGGAAGCAUUCUUCAGUCACUGUGCUCAGCAGUGGAGCAUAAAAUAAGAGAAUUCACCCAGGCCUAUGCAGAUGUGGUCUUCCUUGCCGACACCUCACAGAACACAUCACAGGCUAGUUUCCAGUGGAUGCGGAAUUUCAUCUCCAGAGUGGUUGACUUAUUAGAUGUUGGCAGAAACAAGUACCAGAUUGGGCUGGCUCAGUAUGGGGGUCAAGGUCAUACUGAAUUUUUGCUCAAUACCUACCAGAGCCAGGAUCAGAUGAUUGCUCACAUCCAUGAACACUUUGUCUCCCGGGGUGGCUCCAGGAGAACUGGCAAAGCUCUGCGAUACCUUCAUCAGACCUUCUUCCAGGAGGCAGCGGGAAGCCGGUUUCUCCAGGGCAUUCCCCAAUAUGCAGUGGUCAUUACAUCAGGCAAAUCUGAGGAUGAGGUCUGGGAUGCCGCACAGACAUUGAGGAAGAAAGGCGUGAAAGUCAUGUCUGUGGGUAUACAGGACUUUGACAGAAGAGAACUGGAGGGGAUCGGGACCCCACCCCUUGUAUAUCAGAUGCAAGGACAAGAUGGAGGCAGACAGGUGAUGCAAGAUGUGAGUAUGGUGAUCCAAGGGACUGGGCAGCCCGAGUUCAGGACAGAGGCCGAGAAGGAGACUACAGUAGGUAAGGUGGAAAAGACAAACACAUAUGUGAGACAAGAAGAGGAAAAUCCAACCAUUGCAUGUCCAACUGCUAUCCCUGCUGACUUAGUAUUCCUCAUUGAGGACUUUAGCAGGGAUAGGCAACUCAAUUUCCAACAAGCUGUCAGUUUCUUAAAGACCACCGUCAGCUCUCUAAGCAUUCUUCCCGAUGGUGUGAGAGUUGGCUUGGUCUUCUACAGUGAGGAGCCACGACUUGAGUUUCCACUGGAUGCAUUUCACACUCCAGCCAAAAUCUUGGAGCAUUUGGACAGAUUAACCUACCAGGGAAAAAUAGGAAGGACCAAGACUGGUGCUGCUUUGGAUUUCCUAAGGAAUGAGGUUUUCAUUCCAGAGAAGGGCAGCCGGUCCAGGCAAGGUGUGCAGCAGAUAGCCGUGGUCAUCACGGAAGGCUUCUCCCAAGACAACGUGUCCAGACCGGCCUCUCUCCUCCGCAGUGCGGGGGUUACCAUUUAUACAGUGGGCACCCAGCUUGCCUCAGAGAGUGGGGACCUGGAGAAGAUAGCAUCGUAUCCUCCUUCGAAGCAUGUCGUCACCCUGGAAUCCUUUUUCCAACUCUCCACUGUGGGAGGCAAGAUUAAAAACAAGCUCUGCCCUGAGAUUGCGCGUGGAAGUGUUUCCAUUACUGGGAUGAGCAAAGUCCUGCAAGAAGGCUGUAUGCACGUCGAGAAGGCAGACAUUUACUUCCUUAUUGAUGGGUCUGGCAGCAUCAGACAAGACGAUUUUCUUGAAAUGAAGGUGUUCAUGAAUGAGGUGGUAAAGAUGUUCCACAUCGGGCCCGACAGAGUGCAGUUUGGAGUGGUUCAGUACUCAGAUGGAACCUACAGUCAGUUCAUCCUUAGCCAGUAUCUCAGCGUGGCAAGACUGAAGGUAGCCAUCGAUGGCAUCCAGCAGAGGGGAGGCGGCACCAUGACCGGCGAGGCCUUGAGUAACAUGGCCCAGAUCUUUGCAGACACUGCUCGCCGAGGCGUGCCUUGGUAUCUCAUAGUCAUCACUGACGGUCAGUCUGAGGACCCGGUGGCUGAGGCUGCAGAGGCACUGAGGGGAGUCGGAGUCAUCCUUUAUGCUGUUGGGGUCAGAGAUGCGAACACCACUGAGCUUAAGGAGAUAGCUAAAGACAAGAUGUUUUUCGUGCACGAGUUCGAUUCAUUGAAGGCCAUCCAACAAGAAGUGGUACAAAGCAUCUGCUCCUCAGAGAACUGUAAGAGUAAGAAAGCUGACAUCAUCUUUCUGAUAGAUGGUUCAGAAUCCAUCUCCCCAAAAGACUUUGAAAAGAUGAAGGGAUUCAUGAAGAGGAUGGUGAAUCUAUCUUAUAUCGGUCCUGAUGAAACUCAGAUCGGCCUUUUGCAGUUCAGCACCACCCCCCAGGAAGAAUUCAGACUCAACCAAUACUCCUUAAAGGUGGAUAUUCACAGAGCCAUCUCAAAUGUUCAGCAGAUGAAUGAUGGCACCCGCACUGGGAAAGCCCUGAGUUUCACCCUGCCGUUUUUUGGCAGUUCAAGAGGAGGGAGACCCAGUGUUCAUCAGUAUUUGAUUGUGAUCACUGAUGGGGUCUCCCAGGACAAUGUAGCCAUACCAGCCAAGGCCCUCAGGGACAGAAACAUAAUUAUCUUUGCCAUUGGGGUGGGAGAAGCCAAAAGCUCUCAGCUUUUGGAGAUUACUAAUGACCCUGGCAAAGUGUACCAUGAAGAAAAUUUUGAGUCUCUGCAGAAUCUGGAGAAGGAAAUUCUUUAUAAGGUCUGCAUUCCAGAAGGAUGCAACCUAGAUUUGUCUGUAGGAAUCGAUAUCUCCACUCCCACAAGGCAAAAUCAGAAGAAGCUUCAAGGGUUACUGCCAGAGCUGAUGCAACAGUUGGCCUUGCUUACUAACAUCAGCUGUAGUCAGAUCAACACAAUGUUUCGCUACUUGGUUCCUGGAUCAAAUGGCCAGCUUAUCUUUGACUCAGGCUUUGAGAAGUAUAGUGAUGAAAUCAUUCAGAAGUUCUUGGUUCAUCAGGCUGCCACAAGCAACCGUAUGGAUGUGGAUUUUUUGCAGUCCCUGGGAGAUAAUGCUAUCCACCUCUCUUCUGCUAAAGUGAAGGUCCUUUUAGUAUUUACAGAUGGACUGGAUGAUGAUUUAGAGAGACUGAAGAGAGCAUCUGAGCUUCUCCGAGGCAAAGGAUUCUCUGGACUCCUCAUGAUUGGCCUGGAAGGUGUACAUAAGUUGGAAGAGCUUCAGGAGCUAGAAUUUGGCAGAGGAUUUGCAUAUAGUCAACCUCUGAGCACCACACUGCCAUCCCUCCCAAGUAUCUUACUGAAGCAACUUGACACAGUUGCAGAAAGAACAUGCUGCAAUGUGUAUACAAAGUGUUUUGGAGAAGAUGGACACAGAGGUGAUGGUGGGAGCCCUGGGAGGAAGGGAGAGAAGGGGCCUGAUGGAUUACCUGGUCAUCCCGGUGAAGAAGGGAGACAUGGAGAAAGAGGCCCCCAAGGUUUUCCUGGACCCCAAGGUGAGGAAGGAUGUCCAGGUAUGAGAGGGCCUAAGGGAGCACGAGGGUUUUCAGGAGAGAAGGGCAGCCCUGGUGAGGAAGGUGUUGAUGGCUUGGAUGGAGAACAGGGUAAUCGUGGGAUCCCAGGAUCAUCUGGAGAAAAAGGAGCUAAGGGAAAUCUGGGCUUGACAGGACCCCCUGGGCAACCUGGAGAACGUGGAGAGCCUGGGUUAAGAGGAGAUCCUGGGGAUCCUGGAAUUGAUAGUUACAUCCAAGGCCCUAAGGGAGAAAAAGGAAGUCAUGGACAUCAGGGAAGUUCUGGUUACGAAGGCCCUCGGGGGGAAACCGGAAAUGUUGGCCCUCAGGGGUCAAGGGGAAGACAAGGUCUGCCAGGAUUGAAGGGUGUUCGUGGAGAAUCCGGUGAACUCGGUUACCAUGGAGAACUUGGGUAUCCAGGCUCACAGGGACUAAGAGGAAGGCAAGGACCACCAGGAAUUUUUGGACAAAAGGGCUCAAUGGGUGCUCAGGGCAAUCCUGGGCCUCCAGGGCCAAAUGGUUCAAAAGGAAAAGCUGGGCCAAGAGGAAUGAAGGGAGAGCAUGGUGUUGCAGGGGAAAGAGGCCCACGGGGUCAACAAGGACCAAGAGGGCAACCUGGUAUGUUUGGUCCUGAUGGAUAUGGACGUCCGGGAAGAAAAGGAACAAAGGGUGAAUCUGGAUUUCCUGGCUAUCCUGGCACACAAGGAGAAGAUGGUGACCUGGGCCACCGAGGAGAGAAGGGGGCAAAAGGAAUCAGAGGGAAGAGGGGUAAUGCUGGCUUUCCAGGAUUUGUUGGAACUCCAGGUGACCAAGGCCCUCCAGGACCACGGGGCAUCAAGGGCCCCAAAGGCUUGGCAGAUAUUAUGCCUUGUCAAAUCAUCGAUUUCACACGAAAAAACUGCCCGUGUUCAACAGGUGUUUCCAAAUGCCCAGUGUUCCCCACUGAAGUGGUCUUUGCCUUGGACAUGUCAAACGACGUCUCUGAGUUGGAUUUUGAGAGGAUGAGAGACAUUUUAUUGUCUCUGUUGAUGAAGAUGGAAAUAAGUGAGAGUAACUGUCCAACGGGUGCCCGAGUGGCCAUCAUUUCUUACAACAACAAAAUAGAUUACCUGACUCGCUUCUCAGACUACAAGUGGAAGCCUGCACUCCUUCAGGCAGUCAGGAAAAUCCCUCUGAAAAGAUCAUCUGGCAGCAGGAACCUUGGGGCCACCAUGAGGUUUGUGGCGAGACACGUAUUCAAACGUGUGCGCUCGGGACUUCUUGUGAGGAAAGUGGCUGUGUUCUUCCAGGUGGGCUGGGCCCAGGACUCAGAUUCCAUCAGCACGGCUACACUGGAGCUCAGUGCACUGGACAUCAUCCCUGCAGUCAUCACCUUCACAGAGGAGCACAACCUCCCAGAUGCCUUGGUGAUGGAUGGAACCAACAGAUUUCACCUGUUCAUCUGGGAGACUCAGAGCCAGCAGGAUGUGGAACACAUGGCCCGCUGCGUUCUCUGCUAUGACAAAUGCAGACCAGCGCUGGAGUGCAGGUCAGGCUCACCUGGACCCCUGGCAGUGGACGUGGACGUGGCAUUCGUGGUGGACAGCUCCCAGAGAGUCAAUGCAGACAUGUACCGAGCUGCAUUGAGUCUAGUGGACGCCACGCUUGACAACCUGGAGGUGGCUGCACAGCCAGAAGCGUUCCUCCGAGGGGCGCGCGUGGCUCUGGUAAUGCACACGACCCCAGGCUUCUGGCCUGGAACAGGACGCCCCCCUGUGCUCGAGGCUUUCCGCCUGACCUCCUAUGGCCACCGGAUACAGAUGCAGAGGCACCUCCGGGAGGCUGCGGGCCGCCCCCUGAAGGGAGCCCCGGCCCUGGGCCACGCCCUGGAGUGGACACUUGAGAAGGUGCUUCUGGCAGCUCCGCUACCCAGGAGGGCACAGGUUCUCUUUGCCAUCGUGGCCAGUGAGACCAGCAGCUGGGACCGGGAGAAGCUAAGGACUCUGUCCCUGGAGGCCAAGUGCAAGGGUAUCACUCUGUUUGUGCUGGCCUUGGGUCCCCGAGUUGGAACCCAUGAGCUGGCUGAACUGGCUCGAGUGGCUAGUGCCCCCUCUGAACAGCACCUGCUGCGCCUGGAGGGGAUCUCAGACUCAGAGGUGGCCUACGCCAGGGGCUUCACAUGGGCCUUCCUGAACCUCCUAAAAAGUGGAACGAACCAGUACCCACCCCCAGAGCUCAUUGAAGAAUGUGGGGGUCCAAACCGAGGGGACACUCUGCUACAGUCACAUAUGCUUACCAAGAGGUUGCCCAGGCGCCAGCAUUUUGCUGAUGAUUUGGAAGCACUUGAAGCAACAGACUUUUUUCUAGAGGAGAACAGAACAGCCACAAUGACAUCUAUAACUCAGCAAGAGGUACUUGAAAAUUAUGAAAAGAAUGGAUAUGCCAUUGAAGAAAAUGAACAAGGAAUGUCUGCAAAACAAAAGAAAAAUGGAAAAGAAACAAAUCCAGGCACUGCCUACGGUCCCUGUUUUAUGGAUCCGAUGGAAGGCGAGUGCCAGGAUUACAUCCUGAAAUGGUACUAUAACAAGGAGGAGCAGGCUUGCCAACAGUUCUGGUAUGGCAGCUGUGGGGGCAAUGCCAACCGGUUCGAAACCAAGGAAGAAUGUGAGGUUUGGUGUGUCCCAGCACCCCUGUAG